AAUAAAUAAACUAGCAAGUGGGUAUAACUUUAUUUUGUCAUUCUAUGUUUACCUGACGCACCGAGAUAGCUUCUCCCCAAUGCAAACAAGUAUAAAUGUACAAAACACUUGGUAAUCAAAUUGAUCUACUAGCAGAGCGACGAAUACUAUAGUUAUAUAUAUAUAUAUAUAUAUACAUAUACAUGUUGAAUGCAAAUAGUUUUACAUGGCAUUAAACACCACCAGAAAACAAUAACUUUGAUUACCCGCCAAACAGAGAGGCCAAAUGUUUACAUGUUCAUGUUUGACUCCCUAAUUAAAGAACUAUCAAGUUGAAACUCGCAAAAAAAGAGAUGCUUUGGCCGCUUGCACACUUAAUCUCAUAUAUUAACAACUUCCAAGUCGAAAAGCCGACUGUCAGAGAAACAUAGAACUUGGACUUCAUUCGCAGAAAAAUUUAAGGAAUAAAAAUAUGGCGAUUGGGUUCAAAAUUAAGUAUGGAUCUUGGCGAGGGAUAUGGAGCUUUGUCUUGCACGUACUUGCAAGCAGAUGGUUUAUGGUCUUUGCUUCACUCUUGAUCAUGAGUGUCAAUGGUUCAGGUUACAUGUUUGGUCUAUAUUCCAAUGACAUCAAAUCGUCAUUAGGAUAUGACCAAAGCACUCUCAACUUGAUAAGCUUCUUCAAGGAUUUGGGUGGAAAUUUGGGGAUAUUGGCGGGACUUACCAACGAGGUCUCACCCCCAUGGGUGGUUCUGUCGAUUGGUUCGGUCAUGAACUUCUUUGGCUAUUUCAUGAUUUGGAUGUCCAUCACGGGUCGAAUUGCGAAACUCCAUGUGUGGCAAAUGUGUCUUUAUAUCUGUAUCGGUGCAAAUUCACUGUCAUUUCCCAACACAGGAGCAUUAGUCACUUGUGUUAAGAAUUUCCCUGAAAGCCGAGGCAUUGUUAUAGGCCUCUUGAAGGGAUUGAUUGGUCUGAGUGGUGCCAUCUUGACGCAGCUCUACCAUGCCAUCUAUGGAGAUGAUUCCAAGGCUCUUGUCCUGCUCAUUGCUUGGCUUCCAGCCAUUGUUCCCUUGGUUUUCCUUCCAACAAUUAGGAUCAUGAAGGGCAUUCAACAAGCAAACCAGUUGAAAGUUUUCUGUAAGUUCCUCUACAUAUCACUUGGCCUUGCUGGAUCCCUCAUGAUCAUAAUCAUCGUACAGAACCGGUUCUCCUUUAAAAGAAUUGAGUAUGCUGGAAGUGCGGCUCUUGUUUUAGCAUUACUUUUUCUCACACUCGCUGUUGUUGUGAGUGAAGAAUUAAAAUCAUGGAAGCACAAGAAGCAGAUCUUGAAUGAGACUUCCCAAUUUGAUGUAAAUACUGAAAACCCACCAGCAUGGGAGCCACAGUCGGCAUCGUCCAUUCCGGUCAAUUCACAAAAACCACUUUAUUGUUGCAUGAGCAUUUUCAAGGCACCAGAUAGAGGUGAGGACCAUAACAUUCUUCAAGCGGCUUUCAGCAUCGACAUGGUAAUUCUGUUCAUUGCCACAACUUGUGGUGUUGGUGGGACAUUGACGGCUAUUGACAAUUUGGGCCAGAUUGGAAGCUCCCUAGGCUAUCCAAGUCAUACUAUUGCAACAUUUGUAUCCCUAGUGAGCAUCUGGAAUUAUCUUGGACGUGUCGUUGCAGGCUUUGCAUCUGAAGUUUUCUUGACAAAGUAUAAGUUCCCUCGUCCUUUAUUGCUCACCUUUGUAAUUCUCCUCUCUUGCGUUGGGCAUCUUCUAAUAGCCUUCUCUGUCCCAAAUUCUCUGUACCUCACUUCCAUGAUCGUGGGAUUCUGUAAUGGAGCACAAUUAUCGUUAUUGUUUACAAUCAUAUCUGAAAUAUUUGGCCUUAGAUACUAUGCUACAUUGUACAACGUUGGAGCCCUUUCGAGCCCUCUUGGAUCCUACAUUUUUAAUGUAAAAGUGGCCGGUAGCUUCUAUGAUAAAGAGGCCCUGAAGCAAAUGGAAGCUCGUGGUCUUGUGAGGAAAGCCGGACAGGAAUUAACCUGCCAUGGGUUGAGAUGUUUCAGAAUGGCUUUUGUAAUAAUCUCAGCAGCCGCCUUGUUUGGAUGUCUGGUUUCAUUUGUUUUGGUGCUUCGGACUGCAAAGUUCUACAAAAGUGAUAUCCUCAAGAAAUUCAGAGAGGAGAGACCAAUAUUUUUAUCCCAGACCGAGAAGGUAGCAGUUGGUAGUGAUACCAGAACAACAGAAAUAGACAGUCAAAACUCUGAAAGUAAACACAAUACCGUUGAUGCAACAUCACCUCCAUAUAACAAAGAGCAAACAUGAAAAAAAUUAAUGUAUAUGAGCUAUAUGCUAAAUGCUCUGCGUAUGCAAUUGUGAUUCCUAAAUUUGGCGUUUUCCUCUUAUUGGAUUUGAGAAAUUUAUUUACUUUAUGCUUUUAGAGAAAGUUGAGUAAGUGAAACCUUUUCCAUGGACAGAGUAAACGAGAAAAAACAAGAGGGAAAACAAGUUGGUGUUGUUUCAUGGUUGAGUUGUGUUACACGUCACGUGACACCAAGUUAGUAAUGCCGAUUGCUGAAGUGGAGAACCAAUUUCACAAAUACUCUCUCCCUUAUUAGAUAUUCUUCAUUUUUUAUAUAUUUAUAUAUAAAUAUAAAUUUUCGAGGAAAAAAUGACUAUUGACAUCCGUUGGUAAAAACAAAAACUUAAUACAUCUUUUUAAAGAAAAGUGCAAAAGGCCACAAAGGGCCUUCUUCAAGCCAAACACUACUUAUCUUCAAAGCAAAGCAAGAAAUAUAACUAUAAAUAAAAUAUAUUGUUGACAUAAAUUAAUAAAUAUUUAUUUAUAUAAUAACUAAAACACCACAUUUUUUCCUUCCUAGCCUAAAGCCAUGGUGUGGCCCUGCUCAGUAUCGAUCAUAAGAAGCUAGGUGG